CAGGCCCCGCCGGUGUGGAACCGCAACACGCGGCCGGUUCCCGCGCACGCACCGUGGCGCGGUGACGUCACGGCCUGAAGGUCGCACCGCCCUUCGCGGCCGCGCCAUGCGCUACGUGCGCCUCCGCCUGCCCGCCGGCUUUGUGCAUGCGCAGCGCGGGGCGGGAGGGGGCGGAGCUGGCAGCGUCGGUCGCGCGCGGCAGCGGCGUGAGGAGACAGAGAGCGAGAGGAGAGCGCGCGCCGCCGCCCCGCCAUGGCCGCCUACCGCCUCGUCCUGGUCCGGCACGGAGAGAGCGCCUGGAACCUGGAGAACCGCUUCAGCGGCUGGUACGAUGCCGAUCUCAGCCCCGCCGGGCAGCAAGAGGCGCGGCGCGGCGGAGAGGCCCUCCGAGAUGCCGGCUACGAGUUCGACAUCUGCUUCACCUCGGUGCAGAAACGGGCCAUCCGCACCCUCUGGACCGUCCUGGAUGCCAUCGAUCAGAUGUGGUUGCCCGUUAUCCGAACCUGGCGCCUGAACGAGAGGCACUACGGGGCUCUCACGGGGUUGAACAAGGCUGAGACGGCGGCGAAGCACGGCGAGGCGCAGGUGAAGAUCUGGAGGCGCUCGUACGACAUCCCUCCUCCUCCCAUGCAGUCCGAUCACCCCUUCUACAGCACCAUCUCCAAGGACCGCCGCUACGCUGACCUGACAGAGGACCAGCUGCCAACAUGUGAGAGCUUGAAGGACACCAUCGCCCGGGCUCUGCCCUUCUGGAAUGAGGAAAUAGUCCCACAGAUCAAAGAGGGCAAGCGAGUCCUUAUUGCUGCCCAUGGCAACAGCCUGCGUGGGAUUGUCAAGCACCUGGAAGGUAUGUCAGAAGAGGCCAUCAUGGAGCUGAACCUGCCCACUGGCAUCCCCAUCGUCUACGAGCUGGACAAGAACCUGAAACCUGUCAAGCCCAUGCAGUUCCUGGGGGAUGAGGAGACGGUGCGCAAGGCCAUGGAGGCUGUCGCUGCUCAGGGCAAGGUCAAGAAGUGAGGGCGGGCAGCAAGACUAGCACGUAGUAGAGGCCCCCACCACCCCCUCCCCUCUGUGCACACCCCCCACAGCCGUAGGAACUUGGAGCUGCGGAGCUGGAGCAGCUUCCCAGGAUUAGCCCUAUUCCCUCGGGACCAGGCUUCCCUCUGCAGACAGCCUGGGGCGAGGGGCCGUGCGUGGAGGUCUGUGUGAAAGAGAGUGCUGGCUCUGCCAGGCAGCAACCGCACACCUCUCCUUGCCAAGACCCCAGCCCUGGGGCCCCGUCUGCAGGGGGACGUGCUGAGCGAUCCCUCGCCGUGCCAGGCUCCUCUGCUUUGCUUCCCGGCAGCUCUUGUCACCCGGUUACUGUAGUUCUGUUGCUUGGUUUAGUCAUCCUGGGAGCAGUGGGGUGAGCACAGCGCAGGCAGCGACCAAGGUGGGGACCCCAUCCCCUCGUGGGUUUGUGACUGGGAUGUGGGGAUGCUGAAGGGAUUGUGUUUUGGUGCAAGUGGUACUUGUGACCCUGGACGUAGCUCUGCCAGCCCCUGCUUUAACUUAUUGCCUCUGGACACGGGCGAGGGAGGGAGCCUGUCGCCCGGAGGUUCAUGUCCACCACAUCCUUCCCCCAGCUGAAGCCCAUCCCAUUCCUGCUGGUGAAUCGGAUAUGUCACUGUCCCCACCUCACCCGUGUGUACGUGGCCCUGUCGCUGUGGCCUCCCUCUCUGCCAGCGCUGUGAGCCUGGGGCCGUGGGGGGGCCUGUAACUGUCCAACAUUAGCAGCUGUCUUGUUCUACUUCAAUAAAGGAGUAAUGCGCAAUAA